AGUUCGCAAACAAUCAGGUUAUGUGGCUGUUUGGAUUUGUGAGAUCUCGCGUGGAUUUGUGUACUUUUCUAAGAAAAUACCGGUUAAUUAUAUGUGAAAAAUGUCAGAAAGAUUCAGUUAUAUCCCUAAGAAGAGAAAGCAAUUGAAUUCCGGUCCAGAAAGUACCGCAAAAAGGGUGAAAAAUGAAGAAGCCCCGAGAGAUGAAUCCGAUGGAAUUUCUUCUUCAAAGCAAAACAAUGUUUUGUUUCUUUUCAGGCUGCCAGCCAAGUCUAUACCCUCUACAAGUCGCUCUCUUGCUAAGUCCAAUGAAGGUGUUCAAGCUGCAUGGUCAAUUUCGCAACUUCUGGCAGAACUGGAGAAUCUUCGACCAACUGUUGCUGAAAAUAUUGUCCAGCUCUUUGAGCAGGACAACACAAUUCCGUUCAUCUGUCGCUACCGGAGGCACUUGGUGGGUAAUCUGGAGCCUGACAGAAUGCGAGAAAUUAAGACUUCCCUGGGGCAAGUCACCCAACUCAGGGCAAAAGUGGCCAGCGUAGCAAAGACUCUCGAGAAGGAAAAUCUCCUCACGGAGGAUUUGAAGGAAGCAAUCUGCACAGUAAAGUCCAUGGAGGAACUCAAUCACGUUUAUGAACUGUACAAGCCGGCUAAGAAAAAAUCCCUCGUGGAAAAGGCCACAAAUCUGGGACUCAAGCCAGUGGCUGAGAUGCUGCUCUCAGGGAAGGCAUUCGUGAACUUUGAGAAGCACGUGGACCCAUCUGUGGGCCCAUUGAGUACAGUCAAUGAAGUGAAGGCUGGUGUUGCCAUUCUCGUGUCCAGUAUGAUCAUGAAGAAUUCCAGGCUCCUGGAUUUCAUUCGAGAGAGGAGAAAAACAGCCAGAAUUGAGUUGCAUUCAUCUCAGGCAAAAGCGAAGCCUUCAGAAGAACACAAUCCCCAGGAUGCCACCAAAUAUGAACUCUACUUCAACUUCAGUUGCCAGGUUUCUCAAAUCCGUCCUCACCAGAUUCUGGCCAUAAAUCGAGGAGAGAAGAACAAGAUACUCACAGUCAAAAUUGUUAUUCCGACGGAAAUGCAGAUGAACAUCGAGAGAUUCGUGAUGAAUCUCUACAGAGCAGAAGUCGAUUAUUCCGUCAGGACGGAGUUCCUUAAAAAGAUCGUCAGUGAAAUGUAUUCCAAGAAGGUCGUUCCCUUGAUCACUAAAGAAGUCCGCCGGGAAUUGUCGGAAAAGGCUGAGAAGGCCUCAAUCGAAGUCUUUGCCAACAAUCUGCGUCAAUUGUUGCUCAUGUGUCCGGUGAAGGGCGUGAAAAUCCUGGGAAUUGAUCCAGGAUUUGCCCAUGGAUGCAAAAUGGCUAUGAUCUCUGAGCAGGGCAGUGUCCUAGAGACACUGGUUAUCUAUCCCCAUACCAAAAGGGCAGACAGUGCCGAUGCCAUGGACAAACUCGCAGAUAUUAUGCGAAGGCAUGGUUGCAAGACCAUUGCUCUGGGCAAUGGGACAGCAUGUAGAGAGACUGAGACUUUCCUGGAGAAAGCAAAGAUUCGGGGGAAGUUGGAUUUUACGUAUUGUAUCACUAGCGAACAGGGUGCUUCUAUUUAUUCCUGCAGCGAUGUAGCAAAGCGAGAAUUUCCCACUCUCGAUGUUAAUUUAAUUGGGGCUGUGUCCAUUGCCAGACGUUUGGGGAAUCCUCUGGCGGAACUGGUGAAGGUGGAACCGAAGCAUCUGGGUGUUGGGAUGUACCAGCACGAUGUGAGUGAGAAGUUGCUGGGGGAGUCACUGCAGGAAAUUGUGGUGGAGUGUGUUAGUUUUGUGGGGGUUGAUGUGAAUACGGCCAGUGAGAGUUUGCUGCAGUUUGUGGCUGGAUUGACUCCGGCCAGGGCGAAGAAUAUCAUUGAGUAUCGACAGAAGCAUGGAUCUAUUGGAUCCAGGGAGGAAUUGAAGAAGGUCAAGUUGAUUGGGGAGAAAUCCUUUACGCAGUGCGCGGGAUUUAUAAGGGUGGAUCCGAGGACAUCUGGGAAAGUUAAUGAUCCUCUGGAUGGGACUUGGGUGCAUCCUGAGAGUUAUCAAAUUGCCAGGGCUAUUAUUGAGAAGCUGUCGUUGGAUUUGAGGGAUCUGGGGAAGUUUGAUUUUAUUGAGAGUGUGAAAAACUUGGCGGGAGAUUUGAGGGAAGUAGAGAACAUUGCUAAGAACUUUGGGACAUUGCCGGAAUGCGUGAAGACUGUCUGUGAGGCCCUGCAGCGUCUGCCUUCAAUGGACUAUCGGGAUGAUCUCAAUAGACGAUCACACUUCAAGCAAAAACUGACAAAGAUGAUUGAUCUGAAGCCUGGAACUCUGGCGACCGGGAGUAUCACAAAUGUCACGCACUUUGGGUGCUUCGUGGAUUUGGGAGUGGAAAAAAGUGGGUUGAUUCAUACGAAGAAUCUGCGGGGAUUGAAGCCAGGGAUUGGGGAUUCAGUGGAAGUUAGUAUUUUGAGUGUGGAUACAAAUCAGGGGAGGAUCCAACUGAGUCUGGAAAAGAUAUUCUAAACACAUGAUUUUUUUUGUAUUUGUUUCAAUAAAAAGAAUCUAGUGUAACUUGAAGACACUAGAAAUACAUUGACGAUAA